UUGGUGUGGACUUGUUGGGCCGAAGGGCCUGGUUUCACACUGUAGGGAUUUUAAUUCUAAUUCUGUGAUGCGCCAAGAAAUAUACAUUGAUUAUCACAAAAACCCAUCUGGUUCAGUCAUGUCCUCAGGAAGAAAUCUGCCAUUCCUGCCACAUGAUUUAUUGUCUGAAAUGGCCACUCACCUUAAGAGGUAAUUAGGGAUAGGCAAUAAAUUUUCUCUUUGUCAUUGGUAUCUUCAUCCCAUGAAAGGAUUUUAAAAAAAGACUUUGUCCAAUACAAGUAUAUGCUGACUCAGCAGCAGCUUAAUUACAUUUCUGGAUGUUAUCUUUUUCUUAGUCUCCUGUAGCCAAGGUUACAUCCUGUGAAAAUGCUGCUCUGAAAUAAUGUGCAAAGAUGACCCAAGAAAAUACUUCUACCUUCACUAUCCCCUAAAGAAAUUUCUCAUUAUCAAUUUGCAUGAUUGGAUGACUUUCAGGGUGGUUUCCACCCCAUCAGAUUGUACGUCAUGGAUCCAAGGCUGUCACUCGGCACCGCAAGCCCAUGCAUAUUCUACGUCAGAAGCUGCUGGCUGUCACAGAAUAUAUCCCUCCAAAACCUGCCAUCCCAGAAAGAUGCAUCAAAGCUCCUAAGAAGGAGGUGCAAGAGCCAUCCGGUUUUGAGAAACUCCUCCGGCGCGAGGUGGAAGUAACAUUCAAUGAGAAUAAAAUGAUUACAGUUUUCCAGAACAACUCCAUCAAAUCAGAGGACCUGAAACUUCUUCGCCAUAGAUUACUGAAGCAUGAUAUUCGCAUGAAAUUCUUCCCUAACCAGAUUCUGCGUUCGUAUGUUGGAAAUACCAAGUACAGGAACCUGCUGCCUCUGUUUAUUGGUCACAAUAUCAUUAUUGUGAGUAAGGAGCCUAAAGCAAAAGAGCUUCUGCAGACUGUACGCAAUACAACUCAGAUCAGUUUACUGGGUGCUUGUAUUGAAGACGUACUCUUCAGCAAACAGGGAGUGGUGAACUAUUCCAGACUCCCAGGAAUGCAGGUCGUCCGUGGGGAGAUUGUCAGCGGCCUGACGCUUAUGACGUCUCAGACAUGCCAGCUUCUACAGUCUGGCCCUGUGCACCUUGCUGCUUUGUUGGAGCAGUACUUGAAGCAGCAGAGUGAAGCUGCCACUGGACUAAAAGGGACUGAGAGUCUAGAGCAGAAGGAAAUACAAGGGAGUCCAGCAUCUUAGAACUUCAGAAUUUGGGAUUUUUUUUCUGAGUGACAAAAUAUCUCUCUGCUUGAAGAAUUACAUGGAUUCUGGACGAAAUAAAACCACAUGUCUGCUCAUGCGUAGAGCUGUAAAGGACUGCUUAAUUAUUGGAAGGUAACAGAUUUUCUAGCUCGCAUCAUUUAAUCAGAUCAUAAACUAUAGGAACAAGAGUAUGCCGUCCGGCCCCUCCAGCCUGCACCACCAUUCAACAAGAUCAUGGCUGAUUCGACAUUCCUCACGUCCACUUUCCAGCACCUUUUCCCCAUAUCCUUCAUCCUUAACUGAUCAAGAAUCUAUCUCAGCCUUAAAUAUCCCAGAAUGUAUUGCUUUUACCUUUGUUGUGGCACCUUACCAAAUGCUUUCUGAGUAGUAAAUCCACUGAUUCCUCUUUAUCCACAGCACGUUUAUUCAUCAAAGAACUCCAAACAAAUUGGUAAAACUUUAUUUGUUUUACAAAACUAUGUUAACUCUGAGUUUGAAUUUGAAUUGAAUUUAUUGUCAUGUGUCCCGAGGCACUGCGAAAAGCUUUGUCUUGUGAGCGAUAAAGGC